AUGGAUAAAUACAAAAUUAUUGGCAAUGUGAGUGCUGGAGCACAUGGAAUUGUCCUCAAAGCAAUUCGAUCACCUAACUAUGGGACCGAUUUGAGGUCAACCGAGGAUCGCGAUGAGAAACUAUUUGCUAUCAAAAGAAUUUUUAUAAGGAAAAAAUCUUUUUCGAUUUCAGUUAUUCGGGAAAUCAAAUCAUUACAAUUGUUGAACAAACAUAUGAAUGUCACUCCAUUAUUGGAUGUUUUUGUACAAGGUUCGUCUGUUAAUAUGGUAUUUCCUUUAUAUCCAGUUAACUUGACUACUUUCAUUUAUGAAUACAAUUUAACUAACAUCCAAAGAUCAAUCUAUACUUAUAUGAUUCUCGAUGGUCUAGCUUAUUGUCACUCUAAUUCAAUAAUUCAUCGUGAUUUAAAACCAAGUAAUCUUCUCAUCGAUUGGCAAGGAAUCCUUAAAUUGGCUGAUUUUGGUCAAGCCAGACUUUUACCGGGACAAACAUUUUCUCAUCAAGUUUGUACUCGUUGGUAUCGACCGCCCGAGUUGCUGUACGGAUCAAAUGAUUAUGACUGGUCUAUUGACUUAUGGUCUGUUGGUUGUGUUGUUGCUGAAAUGAACCAAAAAUGGCCGUUAUUUAAAGGUGAAUCCGAUAUUGAACAACUCUGUGUUGUAGUUAAAUCCUUGGGUCAGCCAUCAACUGAAUGGGCAGUUAAAAUGCCCGAUUACAACAAAGUAAUCAUUGUAUUUGACGAGAACGAUACUUCACUGAGUUGGCAUGAGAAAUUAUAUCAAUCAUGCCAAGAUCCACUAGCUGUUGAUUUUGUCCGUCAAUUGAUCAAAUAUGAAUCAAGACCUUCUGCUGAUCAAAUGAAAGAGCAUUCAUAUGUAUCAACUGCAGUGAUGAUGAUCAAUGAGCGAGGAUCAUUUGAUGAAAGUUGUGAUUUAAAAGUUGUUGAAUUCAGCACACCAAUGAAUCAAAAUAUACAAGAUGCAAGUAAAUCUUAUUCACAGAUCUAUAAUGCACCGCAUCAUCCUGCAUCAUCUCAACAGUCAUCGUCUACAUCAACCCUUUUAAGUCAUCAAAAUCUUUACAAACAAAGAAAUGAUGAUGAUGUUUUACCUCCACCGCCUCCAGAAGCUUAUUCUGAUUCUGAGAAUCAGCAUAUUCAUCCAUCAAACACUAAAAUAAAUUGUUCGAGAAGAGAAUUUUUGCAAACUUUGAAUGCUAAGUUAUCUGUAUUUCAAAAUCAAAGAUUGAGUCCUAAACUUGUAAAAAGACGUAGCAUGUCAUUACCUCACUCAGAUCAAGAAUGGGACUCUGAUUCUGGUAUUACAUCUCAAUCCACAUCGUCUAAUAAGUCAAGUCCUCGUGGAUCUACAUCAAGUCACUCUGAAUCAUUUUCCCAAUCUUUCACCGAACGUCUUGGUACAUAUGGAAGUCGUAACAGUAAUAAUUGUAACAAUAUUUAUCAGUCAGACGGGACUAAAAAUCGGAACAAUAGUGUCUGUCACAAAAAUCAAAAUCAAAACACAAGUAACAAUAGUCACUCAACCUACGCUUCUUUCUUAUAUAGCGAAGCCGAUGUCAAAAAUGUUCCUCAAAAUUUUGGAUACUCUGAUUCAGAUAAUGUGAAUGAUCAUUCUCUGUCUAAAAUGAAAAUGAAUUCUAGUCAACACAGUGAAGUCGCUAAAGCAGCUGCAACCGAAGCUAUAAGAAGAAAAAAGUCGCAAUCUGAAUGCUCCCUGGAAUCAAAUAUUAGAGAAAGUAGCUCACAAAUCAAUCCCGAAUCACAUCAAUCAAGCUCUAUGCAUGCUUCAGCAAGUGAAAAUACCAGUAGCAAUUGUAUGGACAGAAUCUACCGUAGCCAUCAACAUUAUCUGUCUCAUUAUAAUCAUCAACAUCAUCCUAGUAAUCCAUUUCAUCAAAAUUAUGCGAGUGAAAAUAUGCAAACCGAAAAUGUAUAUACAACAAGAAACCAAAGUGUCUAUCAAUCAACAUCCAACCCAAAUAGUGCAUGCUUCUCAGAAUCUUUGCCAAAUAAUUAUCAACAAAAGUCAAUUUCACAACCUGCUAUGAGUACCUUAUCAAAAAAUCGCCAAAUUCCAAUCGGUCACCCAUUAUCUUCCGGUAAUUGUAGCACUGGCAAUAAAAUUGAUUCAUUACAAACAGCAGCUAAUAAAAAUCAAAUUAUUCGCGACCAAGUGGAUAUGAAUGGCAGAUCUCAAUCUUCUUCAGUUCCGGGAGAUUCUCAACAUAUCCAAAAAAAUUCUGGAGAUAUUCCAUCUUGUGUCGAUGAAAAUAACCGUGCUGGUUCAGAAGGUUCUAUAACCCCAACUAAUCCCGAUCGUAAUAGUCCAACAUAUGAAUCUUCAAAGUCAACAGUAUUAUCAUAUAUAAAACGCGAGCCUGUCCAACUUUCUGCCUUGAAAUCAACUAAAUCCUACCCAGGUAGUCAUUUAGCUGAGAGUUUAUAUUCAUCAACCGGAACUCUUUCGAGACUCGGUAAACCUGCACCACCACCACCUGUUCGUAAAACGUCUUCAAUUUCAGACCCGAAUGCCAUUACAUUAGGAACACUUAGAAGUGCAGGAGUAUCUACUUACGAAGAAAUUAAAACACUAAAGCGCCAUUCUCGUAAUCGUAGCGGUGGAUCGAGUUUUAAUACUUAUGAAGAAUUGAAUUCUGAUAAAAAUGCCAUUUAUUAUGCUGCUAGAAAAAGUUGUCUUUCAACCUCACUAACUUCCCUAGUGGAGCCUAUUUACUCAACUCUUGAUUCUAAUAGUACAGGUACUGCGAACUAUUACGAUUCUAAAAGCGUUACUGUUAAUUCUUUGGGGAAUCAAGAAAAACAAGACUCUAGUAAACCUUACUCGCAGAUUCAAGAUCCAAAACAACAUCCUACAUCUUCAGUGGCAUUCACUGUUUUUUAA